GAUGGGAGAUUCUGGCUGCAAGUACAGGAGUCUGUGACAGUACAGGAGGGGCUGUGCAUCCACGUUCCCUGCACUGUCUUCCACCCACCGGUCAAUUACUCUAACCGUGACCCAGCUCGUGGCUACUGGUUCCAAGAAGGGACAUAUCCACACCACGAUGCUCCUGUGGCUACGAACAACCCAAAUGUUAAAGUUCAGGAUGAGACCAAGGGCCGAUUUCACCUCCUUGGUAACCCCCAGAUCUACGACUGCUCCCUGGACAUCAGAGAUGCCAGGAGGAGGGACUCGGGGACAUACUUUUUUAGGGUAGAGAGAGGGCCAUUUAUGAGAUACAAUUACAGAAAGAACCGGCUCUUCGUGCAUGUGACGGCUCUGACUCAGACGCCUGACAUCCACAUCCAGGGGACCCUAGAAUCUGGGCAGCCCAAGAACAUUACCUGUGCAGUGCCAUGGGCCUGUGAGAGGGGGACUCCCCCCACCUUCUCCUGGAUAGGGGUCUCCCUCACCUCCCUGGGCCCCAAGACUCCCCACUCCUCAGUGCUCACCCUCACCCCGCGGCCUCAGGACCACGGCACCAACCUCACCUGUCGAGUGUCCUUCCCUGGAGCUGGUGUGAGCACAGAGAAGACUGUCCAGCUCAACGUGUCCUGUGAGUGCCAGGCAAGCGAGGCUGGGUACCUGAGGGCAGUGGGUGUUGGGGGGUGGGGGGACAGAGG